AAAUACUUGCCGUAGUGAAUGGCACCUUGGGUCUGAUUUGAAAUCGCGGAUUUGCUUUCCAAACAUUUUAUGUUCUCCAGCCACAGGACAUUGAAGCGUAGGACGCCUGCCCAGGGUAUUGACCGCCGAGAGUACAUUGGUCACCUGGUCGAUGAGUAUUACACAACAACCAACAUCGAGGCCCAGCAGCAGGUGACUGCCAACUUGGCCAAUUUUGCAUACGAUCCAAUCAACUGGUCACAUCUGCUAGAGGCGGAUGCCUUGGACGUAUUCCUGGCAUCGCUGGAAUCUCAGGAUCAGCUACUAAAAGUGCACGGAAUCGCGGCAUUGUGUAAUCUUUGCCUGGACAAAACAGCUGCCCAAUUAAUCAGGGAGCAACUAAAACUGAUAACCGGACUCUUUGUGCGCACUGAUCACCCGGAAAUAGUGCUGCAUAGCCUGGCGCUGUUUUACCAACUACUGGAAUUCGGUGAGGUUGACCGGGAUUUACUUCUGAGUCCUUCAGUGCUGAGGACGGUACAAGAGUGGCGGGUCAAGGCUCACGAUGAACGCAUCUUGAGCAGCCGAGCACUUCAGCAGGUGCAAGUGGUUAAGCGGUUUUCCCAAAGCGAUUUAGAGCAGUUUGCCCAGUUCACCGGCGACCACAAUUACAUCCAUAGCCUGGAAACACCCAGAGAAGAGCGCCGCGUCCACGGAGCCCUGCUCAACGCGGUGGUUGCGGGUAUAAUGGGUACCCAGCUACCAGGUCCUGGCACCGUGGUUCUAGAGCAAAAUUUCAAGUUUCUGAAACCCUGUCGCAUCGAGACCGACACCCUUGUGACCGUACGCUUGCUCCAGUCUCGCAAAAUUUCCACCGUAGAGUACGACAUACGACAGAACGACGAGGUGGUCUUCGUCGGCAGUGCCAAGUUGUUGACUCGCAGUCAAAAAGACUAGCUUUGGUUCAAUAAAAAUUAAUGUUAGAAUA